GUUGUCCACCACAACUCCACAAGUGAAAACUCCAGUCCGCUCCUCCUCCUUCUCCAAGAAAACUAAAGAAAACUCUCUUCAUCUUCAAUUCUAAUCUAUCGUUGACUAUGCCUGGUAAAGUAGCAAGCAAGAAAGGCGAGAAGAAAGCCGCCACCAAAACUCCCAAACCCACCGGAGACAAGACGAAAAAGAGAAGGCGUGUAAGGAAGGAGAGCUACUCCAUUUACAUCUACAAAGUCCUCAAACAAGUCCACCCAGAGACUGGUAUCUCUUCAAAAGCCAUGAGCAUCAUGAACUCGUUCGUCAACGACAUCUUUGAGAAGAUAGCUACAGAAGCAUCUCGUCUUGCUCAAUACAAUAAGAAAUCCACCAUCACUAGUAGAGAAAUACAGACAUCGGUUCGUCUAUGGCUACCAGGAGAGCUCUCUAAGCAUGCUGUUUCUGAGGGUACCAAGGCCGUUACCAAAUACACCAGUAGCAAAUAGAAAGGCACUCGUAUCUCUGAUUGGCAUUUAUCGUUGAUCAUGUUCAUCAAACGAUUCCUUAACAUCUGAUUUAUAACUCAUUUAUCUUGAUAUGUAUUUUUGUCUUGUGUUUUUUGUUUAAAAAAGUUCCACUAAACCAAGAAUUUAUUUCUGAACCUGAUUCACUCUUAUUGUCAUUUUGUUGAUGAUAAUUCAUUAAAUUAUUUGUAAAAAUUA